CCUGAGGUGCUGGUGGCUUGUGUUGGUCAUCUGAAAUGGACAGCAGAGAAUACGGUUAUUUGAAAGCCUGAUAACUUGCACUUUGUGCUGAAUUUUUUUUUCUUUUGUCAUAACUAACUGACAGUCUUUGCUUUGAGUCUGUAUUUCAGCAUUGUCGUGUGUAGACUUCAUUGUGUUUGUGUCAUUGCUGUGAGGUUUCAUCAGCGUGACAUGAGUUUUCCUCUGCUGAAGAUCGGUGCCGUUUUGAGCACCAUGAUCAUGCUCACUAACUGGAUGUCCCAGACGUUGCCAUCACUGGUGGGACUCGAACAACAUGUCGCACGACCCGGAACCUCGGAAAGAAUCAUCAGCGUGUUGUAUCCAGGUGAGGAUGAUGGUUGGCAGGUGUUUGGAUCUGUUCAGGGGAAGUGUGUGUGUUCAAUAUUGACUCCAGAUCAGAGUGUGUGCAGUGGAGACCCUCGACACACUCGACUACAGCAGAUCUCUGAUCACGUGCAGAAUGUGUCUCAGUUCAUGGAGCUGCUGAACUCCAGAACAUCUCAAGAUCUGCAACACCUGAGAGACUCCGAGAAGCUGCUCUUUACCAUGGAGACCAGAUUAAAAGCAGCCCAUAAUAAUCCACACAGCCUCACCACCAAUAGUUUACAGGAGUUGCGGUGGAGUUUGUCUCAGUGUCGCCCGCUGAAGGUGCUGUUGGGUCGGUUCCGGGCGGAUGUGGGGCAGAUUGAGGAUGUGAGGGAGGAUUUGGAGCGUCUCAACAGUUCUCUCUCCAUACUACAGGAACAGUUCACAGUGUACCACUAUCACCAGCUACAGCACAGAGCAUUUGUGUUAGAGCGCCACCUGCAGGCCUGCGCCAUCCAGCUGGGUUGUGGGAGACUCACAAGUAUCGCCGCUCCACUCACUGUCAGAUCUUCAGGUUCUCGAUUUGGAUCAUGGAUGAUGGACUGUUUGAUUGACAGCUCUGACAGUCGCGUGUGGGUGAUGGAUGGGUAUUUUAAGGGCAAGCGUUUGGUGGAAUAUCAAUCGCUCAGUGACUUUGCUAACGGACAGAACUUUUUGGUCCAUCAUCUUCCACAUCCAUGGUCAGGUACGGGUCAUGUGGUGUAUAACGGCUCGCUGUACUAUAAUAAACACCACAGUAAUGUUCUGGUCCGGUAUCAUCUGAGCUCCGGCCGUGUGUUACAGCAGCGCACUCUGGAUCGGGCCGGAUACAACAACACCUUCCCGUACUCGUGGGGCGGCUCCUCUGACAUCGAUCUCAUGGCCGACGAGACCGGACUCUGGGUGGUGUACUCCACGAUUCCCAGCGGCGGGAACAUGGUGGUGAGUCACCUGGAUCCCGAGACUCUGGAGGUGGAACGGUCCUGGGACACGGGCUUUCCCAAACGCAGCGCUGGAGAAUCGUUCCUGAUCUGUGGAACGCUGUACGUCACUAACUCACAUCUGGCCGGAGCGAAAGUUCACUUCACAUACUACACGAGCAGCUCAUCAUACGAGUACACGGACAUCUCCUUUCAUAACCAGUACUCGCACAUCUCCAUGCUGGAUUAUAACCCCAGAAUGAGAGCGCUGCACACCUGGAAUAACGGACAUCAGGUGAUCUAUGACAUCACACUCCUGCACUUCAUCAGGACGUCAGCUGACACACGGACAACAAACACCCCAGACAACAACAUCACUCAGUAAACUCAGAGAGAUGAACAGAGAUAAUAUUUAUUAUUAUUAUACCCUAAAUUCCUCAAAGCUAUAGUCCAGCGGGAAAAUAAUGUAAUGACAUUAAAUGUAUUAUUAAUCUAGUUAUUUAUGAUAGCAGGGCCUCAUCCGGUCAAACUGCUCGAUUUGCAUCUUAACUUUUGUCAUGUUAUUGAUUGAAUGCAGUCUGUGUUGAAUGUUUAUAUAUUACGAUCAAUAAUAAUACGAUUAUAUAAGACUGUAAACGUCAUGAAUGAUGCAUGUUUGGUGCAGUUUAUAGUGUUUUCUCUGUAACACUCCUGUGGUAUUGACCAACGGGACUCUCUUUGGGAUUCGGGGUCUGAUGUGUGACCCUCUUUUAAUGAUAUUAUUUCUUCUCUGAAGAUCAAUAAAAUGGAGCAUUUCUUUUGGGAUUUUAUGCUAUUUUGAUCUUAUUUACAUGUACAAUAUAUAUAUAUAUAAAUAAAUAAGCACAUUUUGGGAGAAUGUUUUUUAAUUCACAUUUCUAUAAAUUGAAUCAUGAAUAUAAUCUGAGAUUG